AUGACCAGGGGGACACAUGGAAAAUCAUCCUGGCCAUGGCAAUUCCCAAGAAAUUUCCCAAAACAUGAAGCCACUGCCGUGCUGAUGUAUAAUAUGCUAGUGGAUAUAUGGGGCAGUUUCUAUAACCGAUAUGAGAUCGAAAUUAAAAAUCUGGGUCAAGAUUCAUCAGCAGGGUCUUAUGGAGACGGUCCCGCGACUUUUGAGGAUGAUGGAUCUCCCGAAACUCGCGAGCGCACUGACUGA